AUGCUUAGUUCUCUCUCCGCCUCAUCUCCUGAUCCAACUCAGCCUUUUACCGCCAAUGAAGACUUGCAAGACUACCUGAAUCGAUGUGAGAAUCAGAUGGUAAGCCUCUUCGCUAAGCCAAUACCAAAGUUGGAGAGCCUGCUUACCACCGUUCAGACAUCUAACGGUGGAUUGUCAUUUCGCUUUCAUGAACCACUCCACUUCAGACGACCUGGCGACGUGACGCGUUCUCCAGGCAUUGGUUAG